AUGUACCCCGGCCUCCCGCGUGCCUUCCCGAACACGGAGUGGCAGACUGUGGCAGACAUCUUCCGCCGGCGCGCGCCCGUAGGCUUUCUCGCGCCAAACUCGAGCGCCUCCGCCACCGCCGAUACUGCCGCGGCCGCGGAAGCGUGGGUGCAGCAGGAAAUCGGCUAUUACGAGGCGAACUACACAACAGUGGAAGACCUGAACGUGUGCGUGACUACCUUUAAUGUCGGGUGCAAGAAACCGGCGCUGCCGCUGACCAGCCUCGCCUGCCUCACCAGCGGCGGUGGCGGUGCAGACGGCGCACCAGCGCGGCCGACGGACUUGAUCGUGGUCGGCUUGCAGGAGGUGGACAUGAGUGCGACAGCGCUCUUCAAGCAGGAGACAGAGGCUUCCGCGCCAUGGGUGGCGGGGCUGAACGCGGCUAUCGGCGCCGAUGGUAGCAACAGCACCGCGGCAUCCUCAUCGAGUGGCGCAGGCGCCUCUCCUUACUACGCCUUUCCGCCAAGGCAGCUUGUCGGUCUGCUUCUCUGCGUGUUCAUCCGUCGGCCGCUGCUGUCUGCCGUGUCGGAGUCCAGCAUGGCGACGGUGGCCACCGGUGCGCUGGGCUCUAUGGGCAACAAGGGCGCCGUCGGCUUUCAUCUUGUGCUGCACCGCACGUCCAUCUGCAUUAUUACGGCCCACUUAGCAGCUGGCCAGUCCAACGUGAGCAAGCGCAACGAGGACAUCAACACCAUCUUCAAGAGCAUGGACUUCAACACUGCCCGUCGCGCCGAGAUGCAGGCCAGCGCAAGCGCAAGCAUGCCAGUGGAUGAGUCCGCCUUUCUCGAGCUCUACCCUCGCGACCACGACAUCAUCAUCGUAGCCGGAGACCUGAACUACCGCCUCCGACUCCCGUACGAAACCGCCGUGCAUCUAGCGAACGCGGGGCGGUUCACCGAACUACUGCAGUACGACGAGCUGGCAACCGAGAUGAAGAGCCCGCACACGCCGUGGCUGAACUUUAUAAACUUCACACCAACGCACAUGCCCACCUACCGCUUCGACGUCGGCACCGACGCCUACGAUACCAGCGAGAAGCGCCGCGUUCCUAGCUAUACGGACCGGAUAUGCGUGUGGUCGCGUCGCAAGUCGAUGGAGUCCCGCAUUCGACUGGACCGCCUCUCCGCCCUCAUGGAGGUGCGCAGCAGCGACCACAAGCCUGUGCAGGCGCUCGCCCGGAUCCCGGUGAGUGUGGAGGUGCCGGCGCAAAAGGCGCAGGUGAUAUCGUCGCUGCGGGAAAAAGUCGCCGCCAUCGGCUUGGCGCAGGCGUCGAGUGCGAAGAUAUCGCUGAGCACGUCGAAGGUGAACUUUCAGGCCCAGAGCUUCCACCACUGCGGGACGCAGGAGACGGUCACUGUGCAUAACAAGGGCGACUGCGUCGCUGUUGUGCGGGUGGUGCGGCAGCGCGAGGGGGACUAUUCGGAGGGCACCUGGCUGCGCGUCACCCCGCUUAAGCUUGCCAUCCUUCCAGGCGAGUCGCAGGAUGUCCUUAUCGAGACGGCCAUUGACCCACACUGCAUGACGUGGCUGGCCGCCUGGCGUCCGUACCAGGGCCGCGGAUGUGUCAGCCUCACCUCUGUACUGCUCUUCUGCUGCCGCAACGGCCCAGUGCAGGCGGUGGAGUGCCAAUGUGUGCUGAGCCCGAGCGUCUUUGGCAACGGGCUGGACAGCAUUGCCCUCCUGCAGGACAAGCCGUGCGUGGAGGCGUACGCACAGAAGGCGGACUUUGAGGAGGUGGUGCGCCAGGUGCGGCCGCAUGUGCCGAAGGAGCUGUGGUAUCUCGCCCACGUCAUCGCGCAGCACCCACGUGAGGGCGGUCUCUUCACCCGCUCCACGGACAAGGAGGUGUGCUGUCGCAUCAUGGAACUGCUGGACACGAAGAACGCGCCUCUGCCAUCAGACAUAGACGUGCAUUGCGCUGCGGAGUGUCUUCUGGCUUUUCUCAAGAACCUGCUCGAGCCGGUGGUGCCCUAUGCGCAGUACGCCACCGCCCUCGCCGCGGGACGCGCCAAGGGCAAGGCCCCGCUGCAGUUCCUGCGCCAGCUGCCAACGAUGCACGCGAACGUGUGGAUGUAUGUCAUGUCCUUGCUGAACUACCUCCUCAGGCCGGUGCACAGCUGCGACAACGAACUCGACGCGAACUUCUUGGCGCACAUCUUUAGCGCCGUGUUGAUUGUCCGUCCCACCAAUGCGCAGGGGGCCAUUCCGGCUCGGCUACAGCAGGGCGGCGGCGUUGACCAGCAGGUGCGGCAGCAACUACAGCAGGAGAGCGACGACGCCAUAGCACUCGUAGCGUACUUUCUCAGCACCCCACCAAGUAUGUUGGCCGGAGUGGACUAG